AUUCAGCCGGCGUCUUUGAAGAGAGAAACUCUGCAUAGAUCGUUGGGAGUGAGUUGAGUGUGAAAGAGAGAGACCCUGAGGCGUGGAGACCGGAUUUAGCCAAGACAUGUGCAACGGUGCAGUGUUUGGUUCUCUUCGACGAUGGUGGAAGUUGAUGUUGUGGGUGAUUGUGUUGCGGUUGAUUCUAGCCAUAGUCUGCCGGAGGUAGUCAGGUGUCGAUUGCUUUAAAUUCAGCGUGGAGUGGAUCUACUGCGGAGAUCGUAAGAGUAGUGAAUUGACAAAACCGACCAUCGUUGCCUCCCAGAAUGCCCCCCCUCCUGCUGUUGGACCAUGGAAGGACGCAUCUGUGUUAAGGAUUAAGGGGAAAGGUCAGUCAGUUCGCAGUGAAGGUCUCCUAUAACGGCCUAUGGCGUCUCCGGCGGUGAGAGCGUUUCCAACCCAAUCCUCAAAAUACCUUCGCCCCUCGCUCGUGUUGAAACAUGCUGUAGGGCCAGACACGGAGAAACCCAAACAUUCAAGUUCUUAAAUUGCUUGUUGAUGUUUCUGCGAUGUGGUAGAUCCAGAGUUCUCUCACGGAGUAGAAUUUCUAUGGAGUAGAAAUUCAGCUUGAUGUGUAUUGGUGGGAAGAGUCAUGCCCGGAGGCUGCGUUUAUAGGUGAAACUAUGCUAUAUGUGCAAUUACCAUGGUAAUUGUUGUGAAGAUUGGAAAAGAUUGAGUCACAAAAAUGAAACGGAAUUGGACAAAAUUGUCCAAUAGUAAAAAACCCAAAAAGGCGCGCUAAGCGUAAGUUGAGGCGCGCCAAAAAGGUCUUUUCCAUCAGGUCCGAAGACGACCUCCUUCGCUGCCACACAGAGGAGUUUCAGUCAGCUCUCGGAGUCUCACAGUCCCGGUCGAUAGAAUUAGUCGAAGGUCCUUCCUUCAUGGGGAGCUCAUCACUGUAAAACUUCCCCGAAAGAUGAACUCAAAGCAAACUUCGAUCCGUGUGGUGGGGCAGCGCUCGAUUACUUCAACUUUCCGCUUACACCAUUCUGCUCGGUCAAAUGAUAGAAAAAAAGAUGUCGAAAUUAAAUCUCCCAGUGAAAAGCGUCCAACUAUCUCUCUCUCCGACUUCCUCAACAAAAAAUUGGACAAAGCUUCUGUUUUACCUGGUUCAGUUAAGAGGAAGGACAAGCAGUUUCUGUCUCCAGAGGGAAGCAAUGGCGACACUAAAUUAUUUAAUAAAGAUGAAAAAAAUGGGGAGAAAGGUGUAGGUCAACAUUGUUCUCUUGAUAUUAUGUUUGAAAAGCUUAAGCAAGCUGAUAAAAGAGAAGAACAUGGUGAUAGGGAUCGUAGUUGUGAUGAAAUAAUGACUUCCUGCUCGGAAGAUAUGGAAAGAUCAAUGAAAAGGAGAAAGGUGUUUGCAGGUAAUGGUCAUAAGCAAUCUGUUGGAAAGGUAGUGGUAGUCUUAGGAGAGGAUUCAAAGAGCAAGCAAAAAAGAAAUGGCAAGAGGCAUGAAAUUCCUGAGAAAUCAACUACCUACUUCAAUCAUUAUGCAAAUGGAGGUGGCUGGUGGGACUGUGAGAAGGAAGGUGUUGACAAUGAAGAAGUUGGAUGCAAUGGGACAUGGGAAGUCUAUCACAUACCUCAUUAGGGUGAUGUGAUUGGCUGAUUGCCAUUGAUUUACACCUUUUUUUUAUUUAGAAAAACAUAUGAUAUCUGUUGCAACACAAAUUGACUAAUCUGGAGUCAUUAUGAGGACAAGAGGGUUGUUGCCUUGUUGUUGUCAAAGUUCUGCUUUCCAUCAAACUUUUUUUUCUUAAUUCAGUUGCUGUUGUAAAUUGUUAAAUACUUUGACGGGUUGCCAAAUGAUCUAUGGGUAUGUUUGGCACAACUAGCUGAAAAGAUACUUUUGUGAGCUUUUUAGUAACUGUUAGCUUUUAGUGACUGAAAAGAUCUUAAAAAGAAAAGGUGAUAACUGUUUGGUAAAAA